AUGAUCUCUCUUUUGAAAAUUUUGUCUCAUAAAUCGGAUUAUCCCGAUGUUGUCGAAUCGAUACCAGAUGGGUUGGAAGGAUACACUGUGCAAUCGAGUUUCAAGUUAAUUUUUGCUGACAGAAGGUUUAAAGAGCUUAAAGAGGGGUCAGAAGCAGCUUUCAACAUCUUGUGGAAGACUCAAGUUUCAUUCAAAGUAAAAGCUCUAGGGUGGAGAAUUUUUAUUAACAUGAUCGCUACUAAAGAUCAACUAAGGAAGAGAGGGAACGAGGGGUCGACUUGGAAGAGAUCUUUAAAUUGGACUAGUAUUUUGAAGAAGAAGAAAAUUAAAGAUGGGAAGGAAGGAAUAAUGUGGUAUAAUGUGGUUGGUAGUUAUCAGGUGUGUGUGUGUGGAAACUCAGAAAUGAUGUCUUGUUCAAAGAUUCGUUUUGUAAUGUUUCAGAUUUGA